CUGCGCGCCAGUGUUCGUUGAGAGGAAGGAGAAAGCAGCGAGUUCCGGAGCCCUGCCUAGCCCGGCCCAACCUUUGCUCCAGAGAUCAUGGCUGCCGAGGAUGUGGUGGCGACCGGGGCCGACCCGAGCGAGCUGGAAGGCGGUGGGCUGCUGCAGGAGAUCUUCACGUCUCCGCUCAACCUGCUGCUGCUCGGCCUUUGUAUCUUCCUGCUGUACAAGAUCGUGCGCGGGGACCAGCCUGGGGCCGGCGGCGACAACGACGACGAUGAGCCGCCCCCACUGCCCCGCCUCAAGCGGCGAGAUUUCACCCCGGCCGAGCUGAGGCGUUUCGAUGGCGUCCAGGACCCGCGUAUACUUAUGGCCAUCAAUGGCAAGGUGUUCGACGUGACCAAAGGCCGCAAGUUCUAUGGGCCGGAGGGACCAUAUGGGGUCUUUGCUGGAAGAGAUGCAUCCAGGGGCCUUGCCACAUUUUGCCUGGACAAAGAAGCACUGAAGGAUGAGUAUGAUGACCUUUCUGACCUCACUCCUGCCCAACAGGAGACCCUGAGUGACUGGGACUCUCAGUUCACUUUCAAGUACCAUCAUGUGGGCAAACUGCUGAAGGAAGGGGAGGAACCUACUGUGUACUCAGAUGAUGAAGAACCAAAGGAUGAGACUGCUCGGAAGAAUGAUUAAAGCAUUUGGUGAAGCAUAUCUAUUUUUGUAUUUUGCAGAAUCAUUUGUAACCUUCCAGUCUGUCUUUAAAACGUGGUGAUUUCGAUAUUUAGAAGUUUUGAACUUGCUGUAAAUUUUUUAAUUGAUAUCACUAGUGACACUGGUAAAUUUAACUUCUGUCUUAGAAUGCAUGAUACGUUUGUGUGUCACAAACCCAGAAAGUGAACUGCAGUGCUAUAAUGCAAAUGUCAGUACUGUUUUUCUUCUAUCUGUAGUUAGACCAAGAUGAAUUUCAAUUUGAUUUUCCUGAGAGAUAGGUAAGACUUCAUUAUCUCCCCAAACUGAUAAAAAUUAUAAGAAUGAAGUAGCACCUUUUAGCCUCAGUGUUCUCUAAAAACAAGCCCAUUUUACUCAAUUUGGUUUUAUAUACCUCUAAAGCAAAUCUGCAGUGUUCCAAAGGCUUGGUAUUGAUUAAAGAGAGCUAUCCAGUAACAAAAUGAAAAUUCAAUACUGGACGCAGUUGGCGCAAACAUAUUUACUAUGGUUCUGGACUGCUCUAUUGUCCUUGUCCUGACCUGGACAGACACACUCUAAUCAACACAGUGAUCUAUAAUUAGAGUGGAAAAAGAAUCUGAACGUUCAAAAUAGAGCUUUGGAAAAAUUUUAAUGAACACAUAAAGAUCAUAGACUGGCUUCCCAAUUCUGGCUAUGUGGUUGUCUGACCAAAUGUAAAAUUCAGGAGGGACAUACAGGGAAGGAACAGGUGUGUGCUAGCCUUCAUCAUCACCCCUGAAAAAUGAGAAAACACCAUAAAAACACUAUGUGACACUAGCCAAGUGAUGUUUAAAGGAGAAUAUAUUCCUAAGGUAUCCUGUCUCUGCGAAAGUAGUAGUCAAGUGUCUAGGUGUUGGAUAAUACUCUUGGUUAAUGCUAAACCUAGCUUAAGUAGACUCUACAGUUGUAUAAAUUUGUAAAAGUAUUACAUGAACAAAUAGUGAGGUUUCGAACUCUUGUAAUUGUAGUUAAAUAGUCGUUGUAUUUUCUUGUGAGCUGUAUUUAAUGGUUUUAGCUCAAAUCGGGGAAAAAAAUGAAGUACUUGGAGCAGUUAAUAAAAUGGUUUUACCCAGUA